AUGGCACCGGGGCCGGGCAGAGUAUUCUACGUACUAUGUGUUCCCUGUGUUAAUUUACUGGCACUGUGCAGCUUCAUCUUCUUCUCAAGCAGUAGUCACUCACCUUCCUGGAUUCGAUGGCCUACUUCCCUUUCGCCUCGAGAAGGAUAUGUCGGAGUGGGAGAAAAAGAGAAAGCUCAACUGUUCUACUACUUCGUUAAGUCGGAAGGUAAUCCUGUCGAUGAUCCGGUGGUGCUCUGGCUUACCAGCGGGCUCGGCUGCUCUGCUUUAUCCGGUCUCGUUUAUAAAAUCGGUUCGAUGAACUUCGAGAUUGUUGAGUACAAUGGGAGCUUACCGUCACUCGUCUUAAAUCCCGAUUCAGGGACACAGGUGGCUAGUAUAAUCUUUGUAGAUAUGCCUGUUGGGACGGGAUUUUCCUACGCAACGACUACAGAAGCAUCCCAAUCAAGCGACUUUUUACAGAUUCAACAAGCUUAUGUGUUCCUCAGGAAGUGGCUGAUCGAUCAUCCAGAGUUUAUUACGAACCCGGUGUACGUCGACGGGGACUCUUUUUCUGGGCUCACUGUUCCAGGCGUAGUUGCCAAUAUCUCAUAUGGAAAUGCUGCAACAGAUCCCCUCUUCGAGAACAACUUCGAAAUCCCAUAUGCAUUUGGCCAUGCAAUCAUCUCUUAUGAACUCUAUCAGGGGAGUAUAGGGACAUGGCAGAGAUGUAACUAUGGAUUGCCAUAUGCACAUCAGAUUUUCAGGAGUGUUGAUGAUCACCUGUACCUUUCCGAAAAAGGCUAUCGUUCAUUAGUCUACAGUGGGGAUCAUGACAUGAUGGUGACGUACUUGGGUACCCAAGCAUGGAUAAGAGCUCUCAACUUCUCCAUCAUCGACGAUUGGAGAUCGUGGCACGUUGAAAACCAAGUUGCAGGGUAUACAAGGACUUACUCUAACAAGAUGACAUUUGCAACCGUUAAGGGAGGUGGGCAUACGGCUCCAGAGUACAAACCCCACGAGUGUUUUGCAAUGUUUAGAAGCUGGAUCAGUGGGGAGCCCUUGUAG